AUGCUCUACGAGCAAUCUGAAGAGAGCUGUCCUCGACUAGACAGGGAAAGCCCUUAUUUUCCAGACCAAACAACAGAUGUUAGAGUGGUACUAGAAGAUACAUUCGAUGCCGCUCUUGCACUUGGAAACAUGAAUCAAUACUUGGGUAGCCAAGAUCGAACUCCCGUCUGUGUUUUAAACUUUGCGAACAAGACUCAUAUUGGAGGAGGGUUCUACACCGGAUCUAAGGCCCAGGAAGAAGAUCUUUGUCGCCGAAGUACCCUUAUCGAGACGCUCCAUCCUCACUUAUACCCCAUGGAUGAUGAUGAGUGUAUAUACUCCCCAAGUGUCUUCGUGUUUCGAGAGAACGCCUCAAAGAACCAUAAGAUCAUGUGGACCGACCGUGUUAAUAUUCUGCCUGAAGUCAGCGUCAUUUCCAUGGCUGCAGAGCAUGGUCCUACUCUGAACCGGGCCAGAGAUGACUACGCAAAUGCAUCGUCCCGCGAGUUGAUGAAAAAUAAGAUGCGUUUGAUCCUCCGUGUAGCUGCCAACUCCUACCAUCGCAGACUAGUUCUCGGUGCCAUUGGCUGUGGAGUGUUCGGUCAUCCUUCGAAACGCGUAGCCGAGCUCUGGCUUGACGUGCUAUCGGAGGAAGAAUUUGGAGGAUGGUUCGAGACAAUCAUGUUUGCUGUUUGGGACCCAAAGCCCCCUCAUAAAGUCUUUAAGGAUUUCUAUGGUGUCCUUUCUGGUCAAUCCCUAUGGCAAUAUCAUGAUACUGAAGAGGAGAGUGAAAGCUCAGUGAAUAGCCGCAGUGGUAGUGAUAGUGAUAAUGGUAGUGAUGAUGAUCUGGAGGAGGUACUUGAGACAGGCCAUAAGAGAAAACUUGACGAAGUGGAGGGGGCAGAUGAGUCAGACUCGGAGCAGGAGCAAGGUGAGCCCGUGCAGGAGGAGGAGGACUCCGAAUCCGAGUUGGAGGAUGAUGAUGAUAGCAAUUAG